CUAACAAUGCGCAAAUUGGUGGGGCUAUGGAGUAAACAGAGAAUGGGGGCUGGGGGAGAUCGAAAUGACAGCGGGGACGGGAGUGAUUGCUUGGCUGGACAUCUGCAAUGUUCCCCUUCUCUCUCUCUCUCUCCCCUUCACCGUCCAUUGUUAACUGACUCCUUCGUCCAUCUCACCUCCUCCUCUUCCUUCUCCUUCUUCAAGGAAUCAAGGGUAAGCGAUCCUCUCGUCUCGUCUCUCUGGCCGUACGCCUCUUCCUUCGCAGCCCAUCAGCCCCUCCUCGUCGUUGCCCUCGACGAGCAUGUCGUACGCUUACCUCUUCAAAUACAUCAUCAUCGGCGAUACCGGUGUGGGAAAAUCAUGCCUUCUGCUUCAGUUUACUGACAAACGGUUCCAGCCAGUGCAUGACUUAACCAUUGGUGUAGAAUUUGGGGCUAGGAUGAUCACCAUUGACAACAAACCAAUAAAGCUGCAAAUAUGGGACACGGCGGGUCAAGAAUCUUUCAGGUCUAUUACAAGGUCCUACUAUAGAGGGGCUGCUGGUGCACUGCUGGUCUAUGAUAUUACCAGGAGAGAAACUUUCAAUCACUUGGCAAGCUGGCUGGAAGAUGCAAGGCAGCAUGCAAAUGCAAACAUGACAAUUAUGCUCAUUGGUAAUAAGUGUGAUCUUGCUCACAGAAGGGCUGUGAGCACGGAAGAAGGUGAGCAGUUCGCAAAGGAGCAUGGAUUGAUAUUCAUGGAGGCAUCUGCAAAAACUGCUCAAAAUGUUGAGGAGGCAUUCAUAAAAACUGCUGCAACAAUAUACAAGAAGAUUCAGGAUGGAGUUUUUGAUGUUUCAAAUGAGUCGUAUGGGAUAAAAGUUGGUUAUGGUGGAAUACCUGGGCCAUCAGGGGGCAGAGAUGGCUCUUCUUCGCAGGGAGGAGGAUGCUGCAAUUGAAAAUUGAGUUCCCAUGUGUCAUAGUCAGUGCAAUCACUCUAUUAAUCGCUAUCCUGUUUUAUUUGUUGUUUAUCUGCUAUUUGUUUUUUUUGCACAUGAGGACUUGCUUUGCCAUACGUGCUCAAGCACAAUAUAUGGUAUGAUAUACUAUCCAUGUAUAAAACCACCUGAUUUCUUCGUGCUUGUAAAUUUGGUGACAGUUAUUUUAUUUUAAUUUUAUUGGUAAUUUUCUCUGGCAA